AUGACUACCCCGUCCUUCACGAAUGCUGUGAAAAUUCUAACUCGGGCAACUGAAGCAGAUAAACGAAAAGAAUGGAAAAGUGCUUAUGAUCUUUAUAUGAAGGCAUUUGAUGAGUUUAAAAAGCAACUUCAGCCAUAUUAUAAUAGUGCAACAGCAAUAAAUAAAAAACUAAAUCUUGAAUCCACUACAACUCAUACAGCAGAAUUCACGCUUGGCCCUACGGACUCGUCCCCGAAAUUGAGUCCUGUGAAGUUGAAUGAAGUGGGCGGACUUGAGGUUUGCAAAGAGGUAUUGAGAGAAGCUACCAUAUGCCCUAAAAAGUAUCCUCAAUUUUUUACUGGGAAUCGAAAACCAUGGAGGGCUGUAUUACUAUAUGGUCCACCUGGAUCAGGGAAGACCCUUCUAGCAAAGGCAAUUGCAGGCGAGGCAAAGUUUCCUUUAUACAGUAUUUCUCCAUCGGACAUUGUGUCUAAAUGGAUGGGAGAUGGUGAAACGCAAGUCAAAAAUAUUUUCCAAGUGGCUCGUGAAAAGGCUCCCUCCAUUGUUUUUAUUGACGAAAUUGACUCCUUAUGUGGCAAACGAGGUGAAAACAAUGAGAAUGGAGCAGCUCGACGAAUCAAAUCAGAACUUCUUGUACAUAUGCAGGGUUUUGUGACCAACGAGCAAAAUGUUUUGAUACUAGCAGCCACAAAUACUCCUUUUUAUUUGGAUAAGGCCAAAAUGAGGCGUUUUGAUAAGCGAAUCUAUGUCCCUCUCCCAGACACGGAGGCAAGGAAACACAUAUUUAAGGUACUUCAUGGGAAAACUCUUAACACAAUAAGUGAAAAGGAGUUUGAAUAUUUAGCUAAUGAUACAGAAGGUUUCUCUGGUUCAGAUAUAUCCUAUUUCGUUAAAGAUGCACUAUAUGAGGUUGUUCGUGCAACUCUUACAAAUAAAUUCUUCAAAAGAAGCAAUGAAAACUGGAUCAAGGUACCACCCUGCACAGCUGCACACUUUAAGAAUGUGCGUAAAAAUCAGAAAGCAACUGUAACUAAAGAUGACCUUAAAGUGUUUCAAGAUUUCACCGAGAAGUAUGGGAUUAACGGUUAA